AUGAUGGACAGACACAGAAAGUGGGACCAUUUCCGCUAAUACAAACGAAAGUACUCCACUGAAGAAUUGCAAGAAACAGACAGAGAUACACAAUUAUACAUACAUACUGUAUGUUUUUGUAAAUCUCUGUAUCUAUCUCUCUCCUCUCUCCUCCGAUUCAACUUUCCGACAAUAUUCACCUCUAGGGUUCCGCAACUCCCACAAUUUCCUUCUCAAAUCCUCCCCACCUCACUUAUCCUUUAUUGUAUAGGCGCUGCACCUGUGAGAUAAGUCAAGUGGCCUUAAGAGGCUUCUAAGUUCAGCACUCGUCUUAAAGCAAAACCGCUUCCGUUCAUGUCUAUUUUAUGGAUGUUCUGGUAUUAGGCGGUGCAAUUGUCACUUAAUUUUGGUGACUGAAAUAGGCCUCUGGGCUCUGUAUGCAGCAACAUAAAGGAAAGCUCUAGAAUAAACACCUUUGUAUUUAAAUCAUGUAGACAGGCACUCAGUAAGAUUUUGUUGAAGGGACUGAGAAUCUUCCAGUGUUUUAUGUUCUUAUACAGAGUUAGCUUGACAUAGUCUGUUUUUCUCAAUCCUCUUCCAAUCUAAAAAAGAAUGGGAUCACUAUCUGGUACUUGUGAGAUUGUUGAAGAGAAGGAAGAACAUAAUUACCAAGCAAUUCACCGUUCAGUUGCACAUGGCAAAGAGUGGAAACCUCCUAUCCAUAAACAAGGGCGCAUUAGUUCUUUAGAAGAUGAUAUCAACAAGCUCUUUGCAGCGGUUAGCAACAAAACUUCAUCUAAAGGUCCGACAUUGAUUAAUCAGGCAGGUUCUGCCGAACCAAGUAAGAAGGAUAUGAAAAAACCAAUGAGAGCGAGUACAUCUACUUCAGGAAUUGGAUUUUCUGAGCCGGUGUCUCUAAAGCAGGCUUUAAGGGGAUUGUGCAUCUCUCAGGCAUCUGAAAUGGCAGCUAUGAAACGCCUAUCAAAGAUGCCAGGAUCUCCUUCAGUUUCAGAACUUAGAGGCACAAGAAGCCCGUAUAGGUCGGUUGUAGUUGAAGCAGGCGGUUCAGGUGUUUCUGUCGCUGAAGGUAAACAAGGCAAACUUGAAAUAUCUUUGAUUUCAGAAGAGAGAACAUCAAGCUCAUUGGAGAAGAUUCCUCGGUACCUCCAAGAGACCAAGGUUAAGGCAGUUGGGCAGAGUGCCAACACAUCACCUCAAUUUGUGGUCCCGAUGGCUGCUAAGAAAACUUGGUCAGUGAAUGAGAAAAGCGAUGUUGAAUAUUCUUCUGAAGCAAUUGGAAAACGAUCUGCAAAGGUAGAGCCCUUACAGGACGAAAUCAGUACGUUAGCUACUUCUCUACCUGGUCAUAGUAAAGGCUGUAAAUCAUCUAAGCAAGGAAGAAGCGUCUCUUCUUCUGUAAAGGUUCUUAAAAUUGGAAAAAGUGGUAAGAAGAAGAGUUCUACUCCAUUCAGGUUAGCAAUCAGAGGAGCACCCAAGGUAAGAUUAAAAAGCAAAUUUCGAACUGCUGCUUCUACAUCUGCCACAGUAAACUGUAAUAAGUUAAGCAAGGCAACAUAUAAUGAUACACGGGUAUAUAAGGCAGGCAUUGGGGAUAAGAGUUCUAUGAAGAACAAAGUAAAGCAGGUUUCCAUCUCAGCUCCUGACGUUUCUAGUGCACAUAAUAAUGUCAAAUGCAAGUUAGAUACUAGUCCACACGAAGUGGUAUGUCAGACUUGUCAGUGUUCGCUGAAAGAUGCAAGUAAAGUGUCCAAGAAAAACCCUCUAGUGGCAUCAAAAAGUGAAGACUCUCCAGAACCUCCAUUGCCAGUUGUUGCUCCUGGGUGCAGUUCAACUAAUUUUCUGAGCACUGCAAGCAAACCCCACACUAUUUCUUAUAAUAGUUCUCUUGUUGCGAAAACGAAGAAGUACCCGAGACCUAGAGAAAAAGGGGAUCUAUCACAGAGCUCUAAAAGUAGUAUUGGUGAAUUCAGUAGCAGCACAAGCCUCAGUGAAGACAGCAAUCUCAGUGGAUCUAGUUUUGGCAGUAGGCCGCAUAUGUCAAAAGAUAUGAGGUGGUCAGCCAUACAGCAUGUGACAAAGCAGUGUGGAUUUCUAGGUUUGGGACAUUUUAAUUUAUUAAAAAAGCUUGGUGGUGGAGACAUUGGUACGGUAUAUCUUGCUGAACUGAUUGGGACGAAUUGUCUAUUUGCGAUAAAAGUCAUGGACAACGAGUUUUUGGCGAAAAGGAAGAAGAUACCAAGGGCCCAAACUGAGAGAGAAAUCCUAAGAAUUCUGGAUCAUCCUUUUCUCCCCACAUUAUAUGCCCAAUUCAUUUCAGAUAAUCUGUCCUGCCUGGUUAUGGAGUAUUGUCCAGGUGGGGAUCUGCAUGUACUCCGUCAAAAGCAGCCAUGCAGAUAUUUUACAGAACAAGCAGCAAGAUUCUAUGUUGCUGAGGUCCUCCUUGCCCUUGAAUACUUGCAUAUGCUUGGUAUAGUCUAUAGAGAUUUAAAACCUGAAAACAUUAUGGUCCGAGAAAAUGGUCAUAUCAUGCUUACAGAUUUUGACCUUUCACUUAGAUGUUCUGUAAACCCAAUUCUCCUGAAAACAUCUACCACUGCCAUGGAGCCACCACGGAUGUCAGGUCCAUGUGCCGGAUCCAACUGCAUUGACCCCUUCUGCAUGCAGCCUUCUUGUCAAGUCUCUUGCUUCAGCCCUAGGCUAUUACCCGCUUCUGCAAAAGCAAGGAGGGCAAAAGCGGCUUUCGCGGCUAAAAUGCGCUCAUUGCCACAGCUCGUUGCCGAACCAUCAGAUGCACGAUCUAAUUCCUUUGUCGGUACUCAUGAGUAUCUUGCUCCUGAGAUCAUCAAAGGAGAGGGACAUGGGAGUGCUGUUGACUGGUGGACAUUUGGUGUACUUCUAUAUGAACUUCUCUAUGGGAAGACACCCUUUAAAGGUAUAGGAAAUGAUGAAACAUUAGCAAAUGUGGUACUCCAGAACCUUAGGUUUCCUGAUACCCCACUCGUGAGUUUUCAAGCUAGAGAUCUCAUUAGAAGCUUAUUGGUGAAAGAACCUGAAAAUAGGUUAGGAUCCGAGAGAGGAACUGCCGAGAUCAAGAAGCACCCUUUCUUUGAUGGACUUAACUGGGCACUGAUACGCUGCACAGUUCCCCCUCAGUUACCAGAACCUUCCUAUAUAUUUUCUCCACAAAUACAGUCCCAGGAGAAGGGGACCAAGUACCUGGAGUAUGGGACUACAGGCGAGCCCCUGGAAUUUGAGUUAUUUUAGAUUAUUAGUGAAACAAUCAUUGAAGAAAAAAUAUCUUGAUACCAAACCAAACUCCCUUGGUGUUACGAGGAUCCAUUCUCGGGGUCUACAAUGUAAAUUUGGCUGAAGAUAUCAAAAGAGUUUUAGUAUAAUAAUAUUUUGCCGAUCAA